CGGUGUUCAAACUACAGUUCGUUUUUAGGGGCGGGUAAAUCUGAAAUCGAUGAUAAUGAUGGCACAGGAGUCUCCGCGAAACGUUGUACAGACCAAACCGAAGAAAGCGGAAAAUGACUGUUUGCUUUGUGGUAGGGAAUUCUAUCCAUCUAAAUGUAAUAAGCACCGACUGUUUCACGGAAACAAGUCUGAAAACAAAGCGGAUCAUGCGGUCGUGCUGGAGGAAUUAGUUGGCAAACUUCAGGACACGACUCUGGCCAUCUGCAGCAUCUGCAGAACUCUGCUACUGAGGUACGAUCGCGUGUCCAAAGAUGCAGAACGAAUAAAAAGGCUUAUUACAGAUACGUGGAGGAAGAUGAGAGAGAAACGAUGUGCGGAGUCAACACCUUCACUGGAAGUGAAGAGACGACGAGAAGUGAUGGACACAGAAGAAGAUGAUGAUGACAAAAACACUGCAUCCUCCUCACUACAAUCCACAUACAGCGCUGCUGCUAAGGAGAAACUCAAAUCUGCAUUAAAACCUUUGCAGUUAAAGUUGAGGAUAUUUCAGGAGUUUCAAAAGACUUCACUUCAAACUGCAGAAUAUAUUAUGUUUCAGGCUCAAUACACAGAGGGUCGGAUCAAGGAGGAGUUUGUGAAACUUCGCCAAAGUUUGUGUAAUGAAGAGGCAGCCAGGAAAAAAGCUCUGAGAGAGGAAGAAGAGCAAAAGAGCCAGAUGUUGAGGAAGAAGAUUGAGAAGAUGAGUAAAGAGAUGUCUUCUCUUUCUGCCACAAUCACAGCUAUAGAGGAGGAGAUGAAAGCCGAAGAUGCUUUAUUCCUACAAAACUAUGAUGCCACUUUGAAAAGGGUUUCCCAGUGUAAACCACCAGAUCCGGAGAACAUUUCUGGAGUUCUGAUCAAUGUGCCAAAACACCUGAGCAACCUGAAGUUCACUGUGUUACAGAAGAUGCAGGAAACUGUUGAUUACACUUCUGUGACCUUUGAUCCCAACACUGCUCACUGUAAUCUCAUUGUGUCUGAUGACUUGACCAGUGUGAGGUACAGUGAUGAGGAACAGACACUUCCUGAGAAUCCAGAGCGAUUCGACAUGUUCGCGUGUGUUCUGGGCUCAGAGGGUUUUGACUCUGGCUCUCACUGCUGGGACGUUGAAGUCGGAGACAGUACAGGCUGGUUCCUCGGAGUGAUGGCUGAAUCUGCUCAGAGGAGGAAUAAAAUAUUCUCAAGGAGAGGAAUCUGGCUGGUGGGUCAUUUCUGUGGUGAAUAUAAAGCACAUGAACCACCACAAUCACCAGCUCUCCUCCCUGUGAAAGAGAAACUGCAGAGGAUCAGAAUUCAGCUGGACUGGGACAGUGGAAAGCUGUCGUUCUCUGACCCUCUUACUGACACACACAUACACUCUUUUACACAUACGUUCACUGAAAGAUUAUUUCCAUUUUUUGGUGUUGGCUGUAACAUUUCUCCUCUGCUCAUCUUACCUGUAAAUUCCUCAGUAGAAAAAAACUAACUGUAGAUUAAAUUAUUAACCUUAACACACAGUUUAUUAGGUAAUCUUUGACUGCUGCUGAUUGUGUUAAGUCAUUUAUAAUUAAUUAAUAAACAUGCUUAUUGUCCUUUUGAUGUUAAGUCUAAAAAUCGGCCCUAAAAUUUUACAGUCCUGGCGGCACACCACCACUUCAAUCAUUUAUAUAUAUAUAUACAUACCAGUCAAAAGUUUUUGAACAGUAAGAUUUAUGUUUUUUAAAGAAUUAUAAUUAAUUAUUAGCUUCUGCUCACCAAGCCUGCAUUUAUUUGAUCAAAAAUACAGCAAAAUCAGUAAUAUUGUGAAUUAUACUGACUCCAAGCUAUAUGUAUAAUGUUACAAAAGCUUUUUAUUUCAGUUAAAUGCUGUUUAGUGUUCAAAACAUUUUGACUGGUAGUGUAUGUAAUAAUAAUAAUAAUAAUAAUAAUAAUUCAUUACAUUUAUAUAGCACUUUUCUAGGCACUCAAAGCGCUUGUAAAGUAUGUAGCCUAUGUAUCACAUCUUGUUUUGGAUAAGAAUAAAACAUCUGGUCCUACAA